UUAGAACCAAAAAAUACAAAAAAAGGAAAGAAUAACACAAACUUAGUACCCGAAAAAAAAAAAAUCAACUAUGUCCAAUAUGUUCUUCCCACAUUCCCCUAGUUUUACCCUUUUCUUCUGUUUCUGCCUAUUUUUCUCAUUUUCAUAUGCUCACUACAAGCACCAUGAAAAUCCUACUUGUGAUUGUGCCACUGCUCAUAACAAUAGCCAUGAAAAGAUUCCCACCAAGCCCCGUAAUUCUCCCCCCGCACUUAACAGCAGCCAAGAAAUUCCCACCAAGCCCGGUAAUUCUGCCCCCGCACAUAACAGCAGCCAUGAAGUUCCCACCAAGCCCGGUAAUUCUGCCCCCGCACAUAACAGCAGCCAUGAAGUUCCCACCAAGCCCGGUAAUUCUGCCCCUGCACAUAACAGCAGCCAUGAAGUUCCCACCAAGCCCGGUAAUUCUUCCCCGGCACAUAACAGCAGCCAUGAAGUUCCCACCAAGCCCGGUAAUUCUUCCCCUGCACAUAACAGCAGCCAUGAAGUUCCCACCAAGCCCGGUGCUCAUAACAGCAGCAAUGAAGUUCCGACCAAGCCUGGUAACUCUUCCCCUGUUAAUAACAACAGCCAUGACACUUCCACCAGGCAUAAUAACUUUAUAGGAUGCUUCCACAAGGUCUAUGCUUUUGGAGACUCCUACACUGAUACAGGAAAUGCUAAUUUAGUGGGUGGUCUCAAGGAAAAUUUCACUCGCACAUCGAGCAGUUCAGAAAAAUCGAACAAUGGUUUAUGUGAUGGGCAUUUGAUGGUAGAUUUUCUCUGUGAUGCUCUUAAGCUACCACAUUUGCCACCCUUUCAAAGCACCUCAGUAAAUUUCACAAAUGGGGCCAAUUUUGCAAUAGCCGGAUCAACAAUUCUCCCCAAACAGGACUUUUUAACUCAAAAACUUACUAGCCUAUUCUGGAAAGGAAUACCCUUGAACUUUCAAACUCAGAUUGAUUGGUUCAAUAAGUUGAAGCAGCAAAUGGGAUGUACAGAUAACAAUGGUAAAAGUUGCAAAACUGAAUUGGAGAAUGCGCUCUUCUGGAUAGGCUCUGUUGGCGUUAGUGACUAUGCUCGUAUACAAGGGUCCUCUCUAUCCACACGUUGGCUCACACAGCAGUCCGUCCAACAAGUCAGCAGACUAAUCGAGGCAGUGCUGCAAAGCGGAGCAAAGUACAUUGUAGUGCAAGGCUUACCACCAAUAGGAUGCCUUCCACUACAUAUAUCAUUAUGUCCGGUGAAAGCUGCUCUUGAUCAUAUGGGAUGUGCAGCAGCUGUCAACGCAGCAGUAAUGGUCCACAACCAGAUCCUGCAAAGGAGAUUGGAAAAAUUCCGUAGAUUAUAUCCUAAUUGUCAUAUCUUAUAUGCUGACUACUGGAAUGCAUAUCUAACAAUUAAGAUGAACUUACAAAAGUACCAAUUUGAGGAAGCUUUCAAACCUUGCUGUGGAGCUGUAGAAGGACCAUUGAACUUCAACCUGCAUUCAUUGUGUGGCUCACCUGGCACCGUUAAAUGUAACGAUCCGAGCAAAUUCAUCAGCUGGGAUGGUAUCCAUCUUUCAGAAGCGAUGAAUCAGAAAGUCACUGAUCUUUUCCUCAAUCAAGGCUUCUGUCAACCAUCUUUUAGUGAGCUGGUCAAAAGUAAGAGUGGCAUGUAG